GUUCACAGAGAAGCCACGUGGUUGUGAAUCCUUUACACCGCUAUUUAUACUACAUGCGUUUUGUACAAUGUGCUCAGCGGCAACACGCUACUACAAUAUUUAGGGUAAAAUCUGCGGUUUUCUAUGGAUCUCGAGGCGGAUAUCAUAGAGUUCACAGUACCAACAGAAAACAAUAAAACCAUCUUUAUUUGGGACAUAAAGCCGUCAUACUCACAAGCCUUUAUUUAUGAGUCUCUGUGGAGUGUGUAUUCUUCAUUUGGAGCUCUUUACCUGCUGAAAGUGUGUCCCAAUGCCUCAGUGGCCUCCCUGGGCUUUUAUGCCCUGGUCAAGUUUUACUCUGCUGCGCAGGCGUCCAAGGCCCAAAGAGCCACAGAUAAGCAGUGUCUGUUCCAGGAAGCUCCACUCAAAGUAAUGCAGCACUUCCUUUACUUUCAGGUUCGACUCAGCACAAAGAAGAACCCAACGUUCCUCUCUCCGUCUCGAUCCCUCAGCCAUGCUAAGUGCCAAGACUUGGCUAAUCAUUACCUGGGAUACAAUGGCUGGACUACUCACAUCAUCACUCUGAAGGACAUAUCGAAGUGUGCAGAUGUUGGCUGGAGCUUGGAUCCAGGCAGCCAGGGAGAGCUGCUGAAAUACGGCUGUAUGGUGGAGCUGACUUUGCCUCAGCAUGGAGUCACGUGUCGUGGGGUUGGUGUUGCUGAAGAAGUGGUUGAUCAGGAGAAAGGUCCAGAGGAAAAGUUGUGGAUAAGAGGGAAGCUCAUGAGGUGGGCCAAAGAUAAAGCAGUUGUUGCAGCGUUUGAGAAAGUGUUACUAAUAGUUCUUGGUAAUGGAAAAGUAGCGGUGGAAUGUAGGAUCGAUGGAGAGGAAAUUCUGCCAGAUGAGAAUGUCGAGGGAAUCAUUCAGGUUAAUGAUAUUUCAUGGAGUGACUUCGAGGCUGCUGCAGGAGAGGAAGAAGAUUUACCGUGGAACUUCACACUGGACCUUCCUCAUUAACUUUCACUUGUGUUUAAGGUUAAAGACUUUGUUGACCAACCACUAGGCCAAACCACAGAAAGGGAAACUGAGUAACUGACAAACUGCAGUGUUUUAUAAGGGUUUUGUAAGGGUUUCAUUUUGUGAGUAAUAAAACGUAUCUAAGACCAA